UAUUUUCAUAUAUUAUAGGCACUAGUACUGAAACUGAAACUCAAGAGAUACGAAGCCACAAAUACAUUUUCCUAGUGCAAUCCAUAAACGUUUCAUAAACGACGACGCUACUCAGAUGAGUACUGAACGUCGGAGUGAUCAGUUCUGUUUGCAAUUUGGAAAUAAUUGACUUUCAACAUUUUCAACAUUUUCAACAUUUCAAAUGAGAGUGAAUUUAAUAAUAGGAAAAAAAAUAAAAAAUUCAGCGCAUAUGUCAAUUUGACUGCUUCUGACUGUGAACAAGUGACAAAAUAAAUAAUCUCUGAGGCUGUCCAAAUUGUGUAUACUUGUGAAGAUUUCUAACUCAUAAGUGCAUGAGCUCAGUUACUGCAUAGAUAUAUUUUCUUGCAUACGAUGAAAUAAGUCUGAUUAGAAGCGAAAAUAUAUAUUUAUAAACAAAAGUUGUGUGUAACUGUGAAAAGAGCUUAGUAAUACACAAAAUGAAUUCAAAGUAUGAGAAAAUGAAGAUCACAUAUAGUCGCAGCAAAGUCGGUUGGUAUUGGUCGCCAUUAUUUGUGGCAUUUUGGUUCCUGUUGUUCUAUCUUGUCGCUAUACCAAGUUUUAACAGAUUUCCUGAAAAUUUGAAAUUGGAAGAUGAAUCGAAAUAUCCGGGUCGAUUUAUAGGUGAACGUGCAGAAAGUACUUUGCUUAAACUUUCAAAAAUUGGUCCCAAAAUUGUUGGUAGUCCAGCAAAUGAACAAGGCGCUAUCCAAUUUUUACUAAAUGAAAUAGAUAAAAUUAUUUACGAAUCUCGCUCUGAUUUAUACAACAUUGAACAAGAUGUACAAAUCGCUACAGGAAAUUAUGUGCUAUGGAAGAUGGUAAAUAGUUACCAGAGCAUACAAAAUGUUGUUGUGAAAUUGACGCCAAUAAAUAAUAAUAGUACGGCCUGUUUGCUAAUAAACAGUCAUUAUGAUUCUGUACCAGGUAGCUCGGGUGCAGGUGAUGCUGGUAUGAUGAUUGUUAUAAUGCUUGAGGUUUUACGCGUACUUUCAAAAUAUGAUACUCCUUUAAGUCAUCCAAUUGUGUUUCUCUUUAAUGGUGCAGAAGAGAAUCCUCUACAGGGCUCACAUGCUUUUAUAACACAACACAAAUGGGCAGAAAAUGUUAGAGCUGUUAUUAAUUUGGAUUCUGCUGGUUCUGGUGGUCGCGAAAUAUUAUUUCAAUCCGGUCCAGAUCAUCCAUGGCUUAUGAAGUAUUAUGGUGCCAAUAUAAUGCAUCCUUAUGCUUCCACUAUCGGAGAAGAACUUUUUCAGAAUGGUUUUAUUCCAUCAGAGACUGAUUUUAGAAUUUUUAGAGAUUUUGGUAACAUACCUGGCCUUGAUAUGGCACAUACUUUUAAUGGAUACGUGUAUCAUACAAAAUUUGAUCGUUUUAAUUUGAUACCACGAAACACUUACCAAUUGACUGGAGAUAAUGUACUAGCCUUAACAAAAGCUCUAGCGAAUGCACCAGAAUUGGAAGAUCCAGCGAAAUAUGCUGAGGGACACACAAUUUUUUAUGAUAUGUUGGGUUGGUUUAUGAUCUACUAUUCUGAGACCACAGGUGUUAUUAUAAACAUUGUCGUGUGCGUUAUUGCAAUAGCAACAAUUUUGGUUUAUAUAUGGAAUAUGGCGCAUCAGACUGGCAUGUUUCGACGUCGUAUAUUCAUCAAGUUUGGCAUCCUUUUUGGUAUUCAAUUGGCUGCUGUGGUGCUGGCAUUUUUACUAACUAUGACGAUUACUGUCUUUUUGGAUGCGGUGGGUUUAUCAAUGUCUUGGUUUUCACAAUCUUGGAUAAUCUUUGGACUAUACUUUUGCCCCAUGUUUUUUGUAAUGGGCAUAAUUCCUGCAAUAUACUUAAGUCGCAUAAAAGAGCAUGGACUUCCCAUAGGCUAUGCAAUUCAACUGUUAAUGCAUGCACAUUGCCUGAUAUUGACUGUAUUAACUAUUAUUAUGAUCUCAUUGGGAAUACGGUCCACAUUUAUAAUUAUGUUCUGCAUUGGUUUCUACACACUUUCAGUGAUAUUAAAUAUGCUUACGUGUUUUCAUAAUAAAACUUUUCUUUGGCUCAUACCUCAUACAAUUUGCCAACUACUCCCAUAUAUGUUUUACACAUAUAUCUGUUAUGCAUUUUUUUUGACAUUUAUACCAAUGCAAGGAAGAGAUGGAGCAAAUACUAAUCCUGAACUUUUAAUGGGUGGAUUUACAGCAAUAAUGUGUUUAUUAUUCGCCCCUUUCAUAAUUCCCUUAUUUUGCCUCUUUCGAAAAUCGAAAACAAUUAUUUCUAUCUUUGGUGGAAUAUGCAUUAUAUUCAUAAUAUUGGCUGCCACACCGGUUGGUUUCCCUUAUGUUGAAAAGGAAGCCCCACAACGCUUUUACGCAGUUCAUACAACACGAACUUUCCACAAUGGAGACUCGGAAAUGUCGGUUCGACGCUCAGAUUCGGGAUUCUACGUAGUUCCAGUUGAUCGUCGUCCACAUUCGAUCGAUGAAAUGUUUGAUAAUACCAAUCUUACAAAAUCGAAUAAGGCUGAUUGUGACAGGGAACUAAUGUGUGGAUAUCCAAUUUAUAGUUCACGUUGGUUAGGAUGGAAAGAACAAAGCUUUUGGAUACCCGGUCCAGAACCAAAUAAGGAAGGAUGGCCGACAUUAAAAAUAUUAUCAAAGGAACGUUCCUCAUCAACGAAUAUUUUAUAUACACUAGAAAUAUCUGGACCAGACCACAUGAGCUUAUUUAUUAAUCCUGUAGAGGACGCAAAAUUAGUAGAUUGGUCUUUUGACAAAGAACCAAUAGAAAAAGGAUUUUCUAAACCAUAUUUUGUUUACUUCUCAUAUGCUUUGGAUCCAACACCUUUAAGAUUUAUAUUAGAAUUUGAACGCGGUAGUCCCGAUUGGAGUGGUUAUUCAUUUGAUAUUGCUAUUAUUGGACAUAAAGUGCAUCACGACAUUUACAAUACGGAUGAAUUUAGAGAAUUUUUAGCACGUUUUCCCAAAUGGGCACACGUGAGUGCUUGGACCAGUUCAUAUGAAAGUUGGACACUUUAAUUUUACGUUCAUUUGUUGGAACACAAUUAUUUCUGAUGCCAUACUAUUGCGUUUUAUAUCGGUUGUGAAACGAAUUUCACCGCAAAAAUAAAAAAUUUGUGAUUUUUACGAGUCCUUUCGAACAAAAUGUUGUUUUCUAAUUCUCAACAUGCUUUAAAGAAUACGAUUUAAGUAAUUUUUAAUUUAA